AUGCUCAAAUUUACACAUAUCUUCGUAACCUACAUCUUCACCCUCACCUUUCUUCACUAUGCUUUGACAGCGCCUCAAUUUCCGUCAUUAUUUCCGGCAACACCUCAGCCUCCACCAUUCUCGCCAGCGCCACAAUCUCAGUCACCAUCCAACGGCGGCGCAGUUGCUAGAGCCCGCGUGGUGAGCCCCCCAAAUUCCAAUGGACGAGUUAAUGGCGAUUUCGAAUUCUACGAGGUCGGCAACAACCAAAUUGGUGUGAGACUCACUGUGAACGGCUUAGAUACGGUACAGCCCAUCAUGCAGCACAGAUAUCAUAUUCACGCCCAUCCGAUCGGACGUGAUGGAGACUGUGCAGCUGCUCUGGGACACCUUUCACCAAAUGGACUGCCCGACAAUGCAGUAUGCAACCCUCAGAGUCCGGGACGUUGUCAAGAAGGCGAUCUCGCAGGAAAACAUGGAUUGCUACCUGGAAAUGAAAGAGUCGUCACGAGACAGUACACAGAUACCUCUCUUCGGCUUCAACCUGAGAGAGAAAGCAUUCUAGGCCGUAGUGUAGUGAUACAUGGUCAAGAUAACUCUCGAGUUGCAUGCGGAAAUAUCAUAUCAAGUCUUGAUGGUACAGCUGACUUUAGUGGACGGCCGACGGGAAGACAAUCUAACAUCAGACCUCUGUAAUUUUCCUCGAUUCAAUUCUCGGUUUGUUUCAUGCAAAUAUGUAUCACUAAAAGAUGUGGAUCAUACGCAUGUUAGCACGAACAGUUUCAACUCCCUCACAACUGCAUCAGCCCUAGUUCACUAUUUAUCAAUUGUUUUUGGGUACACUGUUGUCUUUAUUUAGGGCAUAUGAACCCCCUUCUCAAGCUUACGAUUCUUCCUGUGUGCUUCCACUUUAAUACUCUAUUAUGUACCUUUCACCGAAGUAAUGCAAUAAUCAGAACAUAAUACAAGAUGCCUAGAG